CCCCUUCUCUCUCCCCUCUCUCUCUCUCUCUCUCUCUCUUACAUAUGCGAGUCUCUGAUCUGCAGAGAAUGGGAUUUUAGCAGUACUUUGCUGCAAUUUGGUUCCUUCGUUGUGAUCUUCUCCCGCUUUCCGCGUGGGGAUCUCCAGGAUCCGCGGCUGUGGCUCUGUUUCACUGUUUUCAAGAUGUGUAAAUCACUGUGAAUAGCAAACGUCCAAGGGCUCCACACUCUCUGGAUUGGCCUCUGUUCGUCUCCUCCCACAGAAGUUUUCAAGCAUCCUCUGGUUGAAUUGGAGGAACCAAACCUCAUUCCCUUUCAACCCCCAUCAGUACUCGCAAUUUACGGGAAACCUCACUGAAAAAGCACCAAACUUUGGCCAUACCUCACCACCCUAUUGCAAAUCGAUCACUACCCACUAAUCAAAAUUACCCACAAAAUAUAAAAAAGUAAAAAUGGGGAAGCCAUCGACGAACAGGGAUUGGUCGCAGAUCUACGUGAUAUACGGCAUGGACCAGUGGCAGACCCUGCUCUUCCUCCUGCUCCACGCCGUCGUCUUCUCCUCCAUGUCCGUCCUCUUCCUCCUCUACUUCGACCCCAUCUGCGCCUACUUCGAGGCGACCCUCCUCUCCUCCGCCGCCUGGGCCCGGUUCGCCGCCGGAUUUGCCGGGUGCGUGACGGCGCUGUCGGCGGUCUGCAUGUUCUACGCCGCGGGGAACUUCUUCUACUCGGCGCUGCCGCUGCGCCACGACAUGGCCCAGCGGAUCGUCGGCGCGGUCAGCGACUGGUCGACGGUGAAGAACGCGCUCGACCUCGGGUGCGGCCGGGGUAUCCUGCUGAAUGCGGUGGCGACGCAGCUCAAGAAGACCGGCAGCUCAGGCCGGGUCGUGGGGUUGGCCCAGUGCAAGAGGACCGCCCUCUCUACUUUAAGGACCGCAAAUAUGGAAGGCGUGCAAGAGUACGUGACGUGCCGGGAGGGAGACGCGAGGAGGCUGCCGUUCCCGGACAACUACUUCGACGUGGUGGUGUCGGCGGCGUUCGUGCACACGGUGGGGAAGGAGCACGGCCACCGGACGGCGGAGGCGGCUGCGGAGAGGAUGCGGGUGGUGGGGGAGCUGGUGCGGGUGCUGAAGCCCGGCGGGGUCGGGGUCGUCUGGGACAUGGUCCACGCGGCGGAGUACGUGCGGCGGUUGCAGGAGCUGAGGAUGGAGGACAUCCGGGUGUCGGAGCGGGUCACGGCCUUCAUGAUGAGCAGUCACAUCGUGUCGUUCACCAAGCCCAGCGAGCACGUUGUGGGCCUCGGUGAGGUCCGUUUGGACUGGAGAUGAAGGCGGGGUAUAUACCAUAUAGUUUUUAAUAUUUUAAUUGCAAUCGUUCUUUUGG